AUGGCUGUGAAUCAGAUGCAUUGGGAGAUGGUUCUUGUUCUCAUUGCAAUUUUGGUUGUUGCCCAGAUUGUGCUUAAGUGGAAGCAGAGCCACUGUUGAUCAUACAAUUUAGUCACACUGCUGCAGAUGUGGGUUGUUCUUUAUUUCACCACCAGACUUUACUGGUAGAGAUCCCUGUCCACAUGGGGAAUACUCUCAGUUAUUACCAGUUACAUCACUUUCAGAGCAACCUGCAAGCCUCUCUCAGGAAGAACAUCACAUCUUUCUUUUCUCUUAUCCAUAGGAUGGUUCCUCCUAAUCUGUAAACUGAGUUACGCGAUUGGAAUUGUGGGUUAUCUAACCAUAAUGGAUUUAACUCACCCAAAUACUCUUUUGUGGUUUUAUGACAGAAUCAAGCCUGAUGACUCCAUGGAUUUUGCUAUGACGCUUUUUUACAGACUGUACUAUGGAGUGAUGGGAAGAGACUUUGCAGAGAUGUGUUCUGACUCUGACCACAUGGUUUCCACCACUGGUUUUUACAACAUCAGUGGCAUACCAACAACAAAUUUGUCCAAUGACAUCUGCACAGUUUGCAGGCAGAAAAUUUUUGUGGAUAUAAAUGAAGAAGAGAUCGUUCAAAAUACCUACCAGCUGUUCUGUAAUCAUGUGUUUUAUGAAUCCUGCAUCUGUGGUUGGUGCACUGUUGGCAAGAACCAGAAUUUCCCAUACUGCCCUGAGAAAGUUGAUUUGAAGAGGAAGUUAAGUAACCCAUACCCUCUCUCUGAUAAGUGUGCUUUUGAUUUUCUAAACCAUAGCCUGAUUACUUACAAAUUUGUGUUUCAAUCUGCAGUGGAGGGAUGA